AUGUUCGAGACAACGCCCUCUCCAAGAACGACCGCGCCUAUCACCAAAAUCUGGCUGUUCACCUUAAAGCCCGAUAUUACAGUAACGACCACAGCCUUUGUAGAUCUCUGGACCGAGAUCCUAGCUCAUUGCGCAUCAUACACAUCUGACUCGAAUACCGGAGGGAAUGAGCAGCACAUCCUAUAUCAGUCUGAGGAUGAUCCGGCUCAACUAGCCAUGAUCACUGGCUACCCUUCCCUAGAGCUAAACCUCGAGGCCGAUAGAGUGUACGCGGCAGGAUUCAUGAAACGCAUGUUUGAGCUGGUGAAUCAUCAGCAACUAUUUCUACUCUACAUCGACAUCGAGCGUCUGCCCCUGCAGUCAGGGCGCGUCUCUAUCGUGACGACGGAUACGGAGCUGAGCAAAGAGUUAUCUCUGGUGGGCGCCAGAGAUUGCUAUGAACCGCCGAAUAAAGUCGCUGAUAGCAGUGAUCAAGAUAAGAAAAAAGACUUUGUCUACGUGAUGGCUACGGCUGACGGUGGAGAUAUUCUGCAGGAAACGGGGUUGAAAGAGAGGUUUGUACUAAAGAGACUUAUAGGACGGUGA